GGGCCACGCAGGAUUAUUUUAUCGGUAGUACAAAGACUAUGAUCAGGUAAUGGACACGGACGAAACAAAGCCUUCCAUCUCCGACACUGAGAAGGAUCUUGGAAGUUUAAAAAUACUUCGCCGUACGCUUGAAGAUAAUCCAAAGAGUAUAAGAGUAUUAUAUUCGAAAUUAGAUGGGGACCAAAUACCCAAUCAUAAGGAGCUACUAUUGAUGAUUCGUGUAUUGUGCGGAGAAAUGGUCUAUAAACUCAUGAAAGACCACGAGUAAAUGGCAUAUUUAAUACUUUCAUGACCAUACGUUUUAUGACGACAUAAGCAUUCAUUAGACCGGACCUGUUUCUAGUGUCUAGUUGAUAUAUGGAUUCCAGUAUUGGUGAACACUUUUUAAAAAGGUGUACACUGUUUAAAUUCAUUGAUCAUACGUAAACAUUUCAUGAAAUUAACUUUCCAACCGAUUCAUAUUGGUUUCACAUAUGCCUCCCAUCAUAAAACAAAUAUGCUCAAAACAAACUAUAAACAAUCUUUCUUUUUAGGUAUCCAUCUAGAGAAGACAAAGAAGCGUUAGCAAUAGGUAUAAUCAAAGCGUUCCCCAAAUUGAAGGAACUUAAAGGACCGGAUGAAGCACCAGAUCAUGCAGUUUUUUCUGGAAAAAUAGAGGGAAAGGGCCUAAUCAUGAGCACACUGGUAUGAUCCAGACACAUUUACGGAAUGCAGCAAAGAAUCUUCCCCAAAGCGACCGGAAAUUUACACACAAGAUUAAAAAACCAAAUAUUACAAGUAUUUCAUCGAUUAUUUUGGAGCAAGCAGAAAAAUGUUCUCAGCUUGAAAGGAAUGCGGCUAAUUUCAACAAAAUAUCAAAAUAUAUGGCCGAUACUCAUGAACUGCAUGUAUUGCUCUUAUAUAACAAAAAAUCCGUGCGGGAUAUACUAAAUGUAUUUCCUCACCUAAUGUCGUUCGAGGGUUUGCAAAUUCAAAAGGCAUUCGAAAUGCUCAAUCCUGGAUAUAACACCAAUUCUGAUUUACGACAAAUAUUCGCAAGAGGACUUUUGAUAGAAGACGACAAGCACAUGAAUGUUCAUGAUGAUUGUGUGCGAGGUUGUCUACGGACCAUGGCUGCAUUGACGAGACGUGGCAUAAAACAGAAAUCAGCGCUGCAACAUAAAAAUGUGGAAAAUGAACUUGCCGCGCCAUUGAUCACAUGGAUUGAGGAUACGAGUCGUUGGGGAAUCUUUUGGCUAAAUACAUGUAGUAAGACUUGGUCGGAGUAAAAGAAAUAACGCAGGAAAAACUCUUCAAAUCGGUUUAUUCUGUAAAUUUAUGGAACGGUGAAUAUAGUGUAC